AGAGCCAAAGAAGAAAGCCAAAAGUGCUCCAAAGAAGAAGAAAGAUUCAGGCACAGAUGACGAAGACGAUGAUGAUGAUGAUGAUGACGACGACACCGCAAAAAAGAAGACAAAGAAAAAGAAGGACAGCUCUCCAUCUGCAAGCUCUGCCAAAGAGAAGAAAUCUAAACCUAAAGAGGACAAAGAAACUGAAGGAAAAGAGAAAAAGUCAAAAUCCAAAGACAAGGACAAGAAGAAAGAACCAGCCUCAAUGUUCCAGAUAAAUGGCGAGAAAGACUCAAAGAGCAAGAAGAAAGCAGCUGCCAAAUCUGACAGCGACGAGAGCGAAGAGGAGACAAAGUCGAGUAAAUCAAAGAAGAAAUCCGGCGCCAGCUCUGCGUCCAUGUUCCAAACAACAGCAGACAAGGACAAAGACAAAGACAAGGACAAAGACAAGGACAAGGACAAGAAGACCAAAAAGAAAGCAAAGGCAGAAGAGAGUGAUGACUCGGACUCAGAAAAAGAGGAGAAAUCAAAAAAGAAAAAAGGCAAAGGGAAGAAGAAAAAGGAGAGAUCUCCGUCUCCUGAGAUUGAGUUUGAUGAUCUGGAGAAGUUUGUGAUGGAUCCGGCUCCACAGGGCACGACCAUCAAGUGCCGAGUGACUCGAGACCAGAGAGGGAUGGAUAAGAGUCUGUACCCUCUGUAUUACCUUCACCUCGACAAUGAGAAGAAGACCUUCUUGUUGGCCGGAAGGAAACGAAAGAAAAGUGCUACUUCAAAUUACCUCAUCUCCAUCGAUGCCACAGAUUUAUCCAGAGGAGGGGAGAACUUUGUUGGAAAGCUGAGGUCUAAUCUGAUGGGGACUAAGUUCACUGUGUUUGACAACGCUCUGAAUCCAGAGAGAGCUCUUCCUGACCUGUCUAAUGCAAGGCAAGAAUUAGCAGGCAUCAUCUAUGAAACAAAUGUUUUGGGGAUGAAAGGCCCGAGAAGGAUGACGAUCGUUAUUCCAGGAAUGAGCAAGGACAACGACAGAGUUCCUCUACGGCCAAGAAAUGAUUGUGACGGCCUGUUGUUGAGGUACCAGAAUAGAAGGAUGGAUAAUUUGAUCGAGCUUCGCAACAAGACGCCUGUGUGGAACGAAGAAACUGCGUCUCAUGUGCUCAACUUUAACGGCAGGGUCACCCAGGCCUCCAUUAAGAACUUCCAAGUUGUCCACAACAAAGACUUGGACUACAUCGUAAUGCAGUUCGGCCGAAUCGCUGACGACAUCUUCACGCUGGACUUCAACUACCCGCUGUGUGCCGUCCAGGCCUUCGCCAUCGCUCUCUCCAGCUUUGAUGGAAAGAUCGCCUGUGAAUAACAGAGAGAUGCUCACACAGAAACCAGUCUGUCAGACACCCACACCCACAUCCGAACAGAUCAUGUCUUUGGACACUGCCUUGAACGCUUCCUGUGAUAGACAGUGAUAACAAAUAAUGGCUCUUUGAAUAAGACAUCACCUCCUGUGGUGUUGUUACGUUUGUGGGUGUGGUAUUCAAUCAGAAGCAUAAUUGGUGUCCCGGUAUCAGCUGAUCUUGCACAACAUGUCAGAGUUAUUUUGAGGAGAUGACUGAGCAGACGAAGGUUACACUAUAAAAGAUGAUAAACUGUGUUAUAUUCUGGUUUUGUACCAGGCAGUGUUUACCUGCUGUAUAUUGAGUUGGAUUUCAAUACUAAUUGGCCCCUAACAUGACUUUAUAAUACAAAGACACCACUUCCAGUCACAUUAACAAUGGUCUUUAAAGGCAAAUAUCCUGUUUUCAAUUUAAAGUUACUCAAAUAUUAAGAUCUUUAAAGCGGUUCGUUAAAGCUCCUGUGAGGAGUUUUUAACCGGUUGUGCAACAUAUUGAAAUUUAUAUUGAUUAGUCUUUAUGAGUUACAAAGUAAACAAAACCAUCAGCAACAAGACUGACAAUUUCUAUAUUAUAGUUUUUAAUGCCUGAAACUGCUGCGAGGUGAUAGGUGUCAGACCAGGGGAUUGAACACACAUAAUUUCCCAUCUUCAAUAGGAAAUAUUUGAGUGUCACAGUUGACUGUUAAAAGAAAGCUGGCUUUUUGUUGGAUGAAAUACUACCUUGAACAAGAUCAGCAAAGCUAUAGGAUGCACAUCUUUGCCCACAGGGGGCGCCAGAAUCAACACAGACUGAAAGUUCCUCACAGGAGCUUUAAAGAAAGUCAAGGUCUAGAACGGGUAUUGCCUCUCAAACAACGAUCCUUCAGAGCAGAUUUUGUAAAAUAAUUUCUAGUUCAUCAGUGUUCUAGGAGCAUAAUAUUUUGUAAAAGAAGUGUGUGUAUGUGUGUGCGUGCAUGUGUGAUUUGUUCUUGUAGUCAUUUUUAACAUGUGAUCUUUAAAAAGAAACAAAGUGAUGAAGUUUAAUUUUUCUGCCCUCCUCACAUUGGGACUCAUUCAUGCUCCUGUAGGUUUUUCUAUUCUGUGUUUUGUUUGUUUGUUUCUUUUUUGUAUUAUUAAAUUAUUUUUCUGAAAACUGCCUUUUUGUUUAACUUUCAGUCUUUUUGUGAAAAUACUGUUCAAUAAAAAUUACUAAUUGA